AUGGUGCUUGAGCUUCAUGUAUGGGGCCCAGCCUUUGGGCUUUCUUCAAUAGAGCCCGAAUGCAUAGCCACAAUCGCCCAUUGUCAGCGUGUCAUCCCCAGAGGAGAAUGGUCACUGGUGGCCGAGCACAACCCCACGAUUGGCACCACAGAGAGCUUACCGAUACUCUUCGAUGACGACGUCGCAACAGCCUCCGGCUUCGAGGACAUUGUCGCAUACCUUCGCAACCACCCUUCAGUCACCAAUGACCUUGAUGUCAACUUAUCAAGUCGACAGCAGACCGAUAGGACUGCUUUCAUCACAUUUCUACAAUCUACAGCAACCCCUCUGAUCGACCUGUCCCUCUACGUCUCUGCCGAAAAUUACAACACUAUAACCUCGUCUGCGUAUACUGCCAUCCUCCCAUGGUAUGCCAACUACACCGUCCCUCCGAAACGACGGGAUCUCGCUAGAGCUAGGACGGCGCACAUGGGAUUGAGUAGUCUAGAUGUGGAUACCACAGCCGAAGAGGGGUUUGCGCCAGGUCGAGGUACCGCUUCGUCCGAAUAUGAGGCUGCCAAGCGGGCAGCCGGCAUACCUACCGAAAGCCAACCAAAUGCCAUGAGCAUAGGGCGUGGAAAGGGUCUUGGCGGCCUCUUAGGUGGUCAGGUGUACGCCGCACGAUUCAGACUUGAUGCUCUAUCAGGCGAACUCUUGGACCCGUUGUCAGAUCUACUCGGAAAACACGACUACCUCUUCCGUGGGGACAAGCCCUCUAGUCUGGAUUGCCUUGCCUUUGGAUACUUGUCCUUGCUGUACUACCCGCCAGUGCCCCAGGCAUGGCUCAGAGAAACUCUCCAGACCAAAUACCCACGCAUUGUAGCAUACAUAGGUAGGCUGCAUGAGAACCUAUUCCGCAGUGAACAGGUGAGCUCUGCAGAUAUCUGGUCUGUCUCCGCCGGUGUGAAGAAGACGCCAAGAAGUACAUCUUUACCGUGGACGGCAAGAUCAGGAACUCUCGCUUCAAGUACGCUAGCCGGCGCAAAAGAGAUCUUGGGGAACAUUCCUGGAUUGUCCAUGUUCUCACAGCGAAAAAAUGUCAUUGUCUCGGAGCCGCUGGCAUCAUCGAAGCGCAUUCGAUCGGAGCUGCCCUCUGCGCUGUUUAUCAACACCCUCUUGGGUGUGACAACCGUCAUGCGCCAAUCUCGCGCGCCCACGGCGUCGCAGAUUCAGAGCCCCCCGCCACCUUCGUCCUCGACCAAGAGCGGGCGCUUCUUUGGCAAGGCUAACAUUGGCCACACCUUCCGCCACAAGUCUGCCGGUGCCUUCGGACCUGACCUUGCGAAGAAGUUGUCACAACUUGUAAAGAUGGAGAAGAACGUCAUGCGCAGCAUGGAGCUGGUUUCUAGGGAGCGUAUGGAGGUCGCACAACAACUCUCCAUUUGGGGCGAGGCUUGCGACGACGACGUCUCUGACGUCACUGACAAGCUCGGAGUUCUCAUCUACGAAAUCGGUGAGCUCGAGGACCAGUAUGUUGACCGCUACGACCAAUACCGUGUCACUAUCAAGAGCAUCCGCAACAUUGAAGCUUCCGUUCAGCCCAGCCGUGACCGCAAGCAGAAGAUCACCGACCAGAUUGCCCAGUUGAAGUACAAGGAGCCCAACUCCCCCAAGAUUGUUGUCCUUGAGCAGGAGCUCGUACGUGCCGAGGCCGAGUCUCUGGUCGCCGAAGCCCAGCUUUCCAACAUCACUCGUGAGAAGCUCAAGGCAGCUUUCACUUACCAAUUCGACGCCAUGCGCGAGCACUGCGAGAAGCUGGCCAUCAUCGCUGGCUACGGAAAGCACCUCCUCGAACUUGUCGACGAUACACCAGUUACUCCUGGAGAAACCCGUCAAGCUUACGACGGCUACGAGGCUAGCAAGGCCAUCAUCCAAGACUGUGAGGAUGCUCUUACCAACUGGGUGUCCCAGAAUGCCUCCGUCUCCUCCAAGCUCUCCCAGCGAUCGCGCACCCUUUCUCAGCGCCGCCGCAACCAGAACCGCAACAUGGGUGAGGGUGUCGACCUCUCUGGCCAAGACCAGGCUCUCGACAGGGAGUCUGGCCUAUGGAUCCCCGCCGAGCAGCACCAGGGCAACGGUUACGACGACCGUGAGGACCUUGAUGACGAUGUUAACUCGACCAUCGCUAGUGAGCAUCAGCGUGGUCGUGAGGACGAGAGGAUUGUUGCUGCUUAG